AUGAAGAAGCGAUUUGAGAUGAGUUCGCUUGGGGAGAUGACCACGUUUCUGGGGCUUCAGGUCCAACAAUCUUCAACCGGAAUCCUUAUUCACCAAGCAAAGUAUGUGGAUGAUGUGCUGGCGAAGUUCGGGUUCCGAGAUGCGAAACCUGUUCUUACACCCAUCCCGGAAAGACCUUUAUUGACCCCUGAUCUUGAAGGUGAAUCCGUAGAUCAGACGCAUUAUCGAUCAAUGAUCGGAUCACUCAUGUAUCUGACUGCCAGUCGUCCAAACGUAAUGUUUGCUGUCUGUCAAUGUGCUCGCUACCAGGCUAAUCCUAAACUCUCUCAUUUACUUGCUGUUAAACGGAUUUUUUGGUAUCUCAGCCCAAAACAGGGUCUUUGGUGUCCGAAAAAUCCAGAAUUUGAGCUUUAUGCUUUUGCAGACAUCAACUAUGGCAGGUGUGAGCUUGAUAGAAAAUCGACUUCAGGAGGAUGCCAAUUUCUGGGUGAUAGAUUGGUUUCAUGGCAGUGUAAGAAGCAGCAUACCGUUUCAACCUCAACAGCAGAAGCGGAGUAUGUCGCUACGUCUAUUAAGAUGGGAGACAUGGAAUUUUCUAAGGUCCACAACUCUGCCAUUUUUCUUGAACACCCUCCUGCAGCUCACAAUGACUUAAAGUUCAUUGUUGAUGGUUUGAAGAAAUCUUGA